CUACGUAAUGAACACAGGAUGCGCUUCCCCUCCACACCAGCAGAGGGCAAGCCUUUCCAGGCGGCCCGCGCCACAGCAUAUACCUUCCUGAUCGAAGAGAAACUUUCCUUCCGGCUCCGGUCCCUUAACAAGUGGAAAGAUGCUGAUGCCCAAGAAGAACCGCAUUGCUAUCUACGAGCUCCUCUUCAAGGAGGGAGUCAUGGUGGCCAAGAAAGACGUCCACCUGGCCAAGCAUCCCGAGCUUGCUGACAAGAAUGUACCCAACCUUCACGUGAUGAAAGCGAUGCAGUCUCUGAAGUCCUGUGGGUACGUCAAGGAGCAAUUUGCCUGGCGCCAUUUCUACUGGUACCUCACCAAUGAGGGCAUCCAGUACCUGAGAGACUUCCUCCACCUUCCCCCUGAGAUCGUGCCUGCCACCCUGCGCCGCCAGACCCGCCCUGAGACCGCAAGGCCCAGGCCCAAGGGAGUGGAAGGAGAAAGGCCCGCUCGCCUUAACCGUGGGGAGGCUGACAGAGAUGCUUACAGGCGAUCUGCCGCACCCCCUGGUGCUGACAAGAAGGCAGAGGCCGGUGCUGGAGCUGCCACAGAGUUCCAGUUCAGAGGUGGCUUUGGACGCGGCAGAGGACAGCAGCCUCAGUAAAUUUCACUCUCUCUUUGUGUACAAUAAAGAAAAUCCAAAUACAA